AUGGCGAACUCUUUCACCCGAAUGAUGUCUAGCCGUAACACGGCAACAGCAGUGAUGCUAGCCAGCGUAGGAGCUGGCACACUGGUCUCUGGAUACCUCUUCAGUGACAGCACCGCUGCAGCUGAGAGGAAGAGGCUCUAUCCACCCAGUGCUGAUUUCCCUGACCUGAGGAAGCACAACAACUGUAUGGCAGCUGCCCUGACCCCAUCCAUGUAUGCACGCCUGAGGGACAAGACAACCCCCAACCACUGGACCGUGGACCAAUGCAUCCAGACCGGGGUGGACAACCCUGGACACCCGUUCAUCAAGACUGUGGGCAUGGUGGCUGGAGAUGAAGAGAGCUAUGAGGUGUUUGCUGAGCUCUUUGACCCUGUGAUCAAGGACAGACACAAUGGCUAUGACCCUCGCACAAUGAAGCACCCCACUGACCUGGAUGCUUCCAAGGUCACCUCAGGAGUGUUUGAUGAACGCUACGUGUUAUCGUCUCGUGUCCGUACUGGUCGCAGCAUCCGUGGACUGAGUCUUCCCCCUGCUUGCACACGCUCUGAGCGCCGUGAAGUGGAGCGUGUUGUUGUGACAGCUCUGUCUGGCCUGAAGGGAGACCUGGUGGGUCGCUACUACAGCCUGGGAGAGAUGUCUGAGAGAGAGCAGCAGCAGCUUAUUGAUGAGCACUUCCUGUUUGAUAAACCUGUGUCACCUCUGCUCACGUCAGCUGGGAUGGCCAGAGAUUGGCCUGAUGCUCGUGGGAUCUGGCACAACAACGAGAAGAACUUUUUAAUCUGGAUCAAUGAGGAGGACCACACAAGGAUCAUAUCCAUGGAGAAAGGAGGAAACAUGAAGAGAGUGUUUGAAAGGUUCUGCAAGGGUCUUAAGCAGGUGGAACAUCUGAUUCAGGAGAGAGGUUGGGAGUUCAUGUGGAAUGAGCGUUUGGGCUACAUUCUUACCUGCCCCUCUAACCUCGGCACCGGACUCAGGGCUGGUGUGCAUAUUCGCCUGCCCUUCCUCAGCAGGGAUCCUCGCUUCAAGAAGAUCCUGGAAAACCUGAGGCUACAGAAGAGAGGCACAGGAGGUGUUGAUACGGCUGCAACUGGAGACACUGUUGACAUCUCUAACCUCGACCGUCUGGGCAAGUCAGAGGUGGAGCUGGUACAAUUAGUGAUUGAUGGCAUAAACUACCUAAUUGAAUGUGAGAAGAGGCUGGAGAGGGGGCAGGACAUCAAGAUCCCCUCCCCCAUCCCUCAGUUCAGAAAGUGA